AUGGUCGUCUUCUUUCCCGCCCGCACCCUCUCUGCUGGCGUUCUGCUGCUUCUCUACGUCGCUUCGGCCGCGGCAGCGCCCACCAGUAAGGAGAUGCGUGUGCACCAAGAGGCUAGGGAGCUUCGUGAGUUUGCUCGUUCUUCGUGCGUGGAUCAAAUCGUUCAGCAACAAACAGCUCAGUCUCUCUGUCCAUCCAUCUUCUUUCCGAACAGCUUACGUGCCAUACGGUACCAAACCCAAGAAGAUUUCGCAGCAGCACUGCUUGACCUUCACCGCAGACGAGGCAGCAGCUUGUCAUGGAAAACGGCACUGA